AUGACAGCUUCAAACAAAAACAAAAAGGUCCUGAUCAUCGAAACUGGACCUGGAGGACUCGCACUUGCACAGAUCCUGCGGAAAUUUGGCGUCGAAUACGAGAUCUUCGAACGAGAUGAGAGCCAGCGUGAUCGGAGCAAGGCUGGGCUUUCACUACACGUCCUCCGAGAACUCCUUCCCUCGAUCUUGGAGACAUCCGAGUGA